GUUAUCAUCGGUGGAUUUUAAUCUUAAGAGACGUGUUUGUGGUCAGAUUACUCUCUUCGUUUCGCAACGCAGCGCCUCGGUCUGGGUUUGAGACCUCAUCGAAUCUUCCAGAAAGCGAAAUACGGCACCAUGUCUUCAGGCAGGAAGAUCACGUUGAAGAGUUCCGAUGGCGAGAUCUUUGAGGUCGACGAAGCUGUGGCCUUGGAGUCACAGACGAUCAAGCACAUGAUUGAAGACGAUUGCGCCGAUAGUGGAAUCCCUCUCCCUAACGUCAACAGCAAGAUCUUGUCUAAGGUUAUCGAGUACUGCAAGAAGCAUGUCGAGUCCCCCAAGCCGGAGGAUCGUACUGGCUCCGUCGACGAUGACCUCAAGACUUGGGACAGCGAAUUCGUCAAAGUCGACCAAGCCACCUUGUUCGAUCUCAUUCUGGCUGCAAACUAUCUCAACAUCAAAAGCUUGCUAGAUUUGACAUGUCAGACAGUGGCUGACAUGAUCAAGGGGAAGACUCCUGAGGAGAUCCGCAAGACAUUUAACAUCAAGAACGACUUUACGCCCGAGGAAGAGGAGGAGGUUCGUAGGGAGAACCAGUGGGCCUUUGAAUAGAAAAGAAAUAAAGGAGUGAAACUCUGAUAUGAUGGUACUUUUCUCUUGUCGCAUGGUAAUGUAUGAUGCUUGUUCUGUGUGUUAUGUUAAACUCUGUGAUGUUCGUUGGGUGUUGAGACUAUAUUCUACAAUCGUGUUAUCUUAUCUUUCAUCCAACUUACCUGACUUCAGCAUCUUUUCUUUAACAUAAACAUGAACCCGUGAUUGCUGCUUCA